CACAAAGUCCUUAAAAACAAAAACAUACAUACAUAGAUAAUACUAGAUAUUUAAAAUCUACUUUUCGACUUUCAACACACUUUCUUUAUAAAAGUAUUUUUAGUCGAUAAUAAAAGUUAAAAUAAUCUAAUAAAAACCAGAUUUUUUAGUUUACCUAACGCAUCAUUGUUAAGUAUUCUGGAGUUCUCGUUAAUUAGAUUUGAGUACAUUUGAAGUGAAAAAUGCCUGGCUUAGCUACGAUGUCUCUUGAUAAUAUGUAUUGUACUCGCUGUGGGGAUGGAUUUGAGCCAAAUGAGAAAAUUGUGAACUCCAAUGGAGAAUUAUGGCAUACAAAUUGUUUUGUUUGUGCCCAGUGCUUUCGCAUGUUUCCUGAUGGUGUCUUCUAUGAAUUUGAGGGACGAAAGUAUUGUGAACAGGAUUUCCAAGUUUUAUUUGCACCAUGCUGUGCAAAGUGUGGAGAGUUUGUGAUUGGCCGCGUUAUAAAGGCGAUGAACUCUAAUUGGCAUCCGGCCUGCUUCCGAUGUGAAGAGUGUAAUGUAGAGCUUGCAGAUGCCGGUUUUAUCAAGCAUGCUGGUCGAGCAUUGUGCCAUGUAUGUAACGCGCGUAUCAAAGCGGAUGGGCUGCAGAACUACAUGUGUCAUAAGUGCCAUGGAGUAAUUGACGGAGAACCUUUACGUUAUCGGGGAGAAGUUUACCAUGGCUAUCACUUUACCUGUGCUACCUGUGGAGUUGAGCUGGAUCAUACAGCCAGAGAAGUGAAAAAUCGUCCUGGAUAUGCUGCAAAUGAUGUUAAUAACCUCUUUUGUCUUCGUUGCCAUGAUAAAAUGGGUAUUCCAAUCUGCGGUGCUUGCCGACGUCCCAUCGAGGAGAGAAUCGUUACUGCUCUCGGGAAACAUUGGCAUGUUGAGCAUUUCGUUUGUGCCAAAUGCGAGAAACCAUUUCACGGCCAUCGUCAUUAUGAAAAGAAAGGCUUGGCCUACUGCGAACAACAUUAUCACCAGUUGUUCGGCAAUUUGUGCUACGUCUGUAAUCAAGUUAUCGCCGGCGACGUAUUCACCGCAUUGAACAAGGCUUGGUGCGUACAUCAUUUUGCGUGUUCCGUUUGCGAUGCGCCGCUGAGCACGCGUAGCAAGUUCUACGAAUACGACGAGAGGCCCGCCUGUAGACGCUGCUACGAGAAGUUCCCGGCUGAACUACGACGUCGGCUACGUCGGGCUCAUCACUACACGGUCCGCCGUUAACGAAAAAUACAAGGAAUAAACGACAUUAAUCUGUCUAUACCAGUGGUGGGCAAACAUUUUUAAUGGCGGCCACAAUGUUUAGGAAAUACUAGAGGAGGGCCAGAAUUAUAGAAAAAUGUUUUUUUUUCUCCAAUAAAUGAGAUAAUGAAAGCUCCAAUUCGUCAGGGGUGUUUUGAGGGGAGUUUUGAAAAAUUCGAAGAUUUUCAAUUAUAAACGUCAGAUUUUAUUUUACGCGCCAAACUGCCGACUAGAAUAUUUGGGACGGACGGACUCUCGGCGGGCCGGAUUAAAAUACUUCCGCGGGUCGUACUUUGCCCAUCACUGGUCUAUACUAUACUAAACCACUAUACCACAGUAAUGUCGGUGUUCACAUUUUUUUAACAUAAUUAACUAACAAAUUUAAAAAUAUAAUAAAUGUAGUAUGCACUUGCCAUUUGUGCCUUGAAGUACCUACUAUGUAACAACUAAACUUAUUAAUGUAAUAUAUUAAGUGUAAAAUGUAAUAAUUAAUUAUUUUAUACCAUACAAAAUAUAAUGAUUAUGAAUGUUGUCUUUACUCGCACUGAUCAUUGACGCGUUCGCUAUUUUGUUCAAGUGCAAUGGAUUUAUUUAUUGAUUUGACUCCUUUAAAAAUAUUAUUUUGAAGUCGCUCUUAUCUAUUUACGACCAGAUGAGCUAUAAGUCAAUUUAACUCUAUUGGCAAUAAAAAUGUAUCUGUUGAAUGUGCUUGUAAACUAUGUUUUGAAUUAAGUCAAAAUAUCAGUUUGGUCACGUGAACCUGAAUUUAAAAGCACAAAAUAUAAACGUAGAACUAUUUCUAAGUUAACUAUUUAUAUUAAUGAACUCAAAAGGCUUGGCUUCAUAAGCCAAAACGGAAACAAAUCUGUAGAUAUUGUACACUAUAUGAAGAUUAUUAAUAUAAAUUUUCGAUGAUUUUUAUAAACCAAUUGAACUGAAUAUUACAGCAAAUGUGUGGUCAAAAUGACGAAUUUGGAUCUAAUUAUUUUUUAAUAUUAAUUAUAUAAGAUUAUCUUAGCCAGGGACAAUGACAGUGACAAUCAGACCGAUAUAAAUGAUAUUUGAAAAACCCUCUGAAAUGAUAAAUAUAUUUCAAAAAAUUAUAUUCAUUCCAUUUUGAAGAAUGCUACUUUUGACUAUAAUAUGCUACUGCAUUGUAUAUUAAUGUCACGUUUUUAGCAUGCCUUACAUUAGACGAAAAUUAUGAUUUAAAAGAAAAAAGAAAACUUGUUUCGCACCCUUUGUAAUAUUGUUUUUAACCCUUUUAAUGUAUAAUACAGAUAUUUUAUAAUUUAAUUUAGAUCUAAAUAUUUAUGUAACACCAAAUAAAGUUUUUUACUAACA